AUGGCCGCUAUGAUCCAGAGCUUGCCUUCACCGGCUUCUGUGUUUUCUGCCUAUGCCUCACUUUCAGGUUCCGUUAUGCUGUUUCAGACUGCCCUGAAUCAAGUGAUACCUCAUUCAGUUCGCAACUAUAUUUACUCUAAACUCUUAAGGUUCUACAAGACCAAGAAGUCUUCCGAUCUAGUUCUUCUGAUCCAGGACAAGGAUGAUGUGACGGGUUACAAUGAGAUUUAUGCCGCUGCCGAAAUCUAUCUUAAUUCAAAGGCUGAUUCGAUCAUUGAGUGCCUCAUGAUUAACAAAGGGCACAAAGAGGCAAGCAUCAACGUCAAGCUUGCUCGGUGCGGAAAAAUCGUUGAUACAUAUGAUGGUGUUGAAGUCGUUUGGACGUUCAGAAGUAAACAGAAGAAUAAGGGUUCUUCACAAACUAGGAGGGAUUCCUAUGGUGACGGUGAUGAUGGUGAUUACGGUGGAGAUUAUUUUGGUUUGAAUAGAAAGCACUUUGCAAUUAGCUUUGACAAGGAGAAGAAACACCAGGUUUUGAACGAUUAUAUCCCUCAUAUUUUAGAGAGAGCUAAAGAGAUCAAAGACAAAAAGAAAGUUAUAAAGCUGCAUACUUUGUCAUCAAGUGGAGGUUAUCAGUCCAUCAACCUUGAGCAUCCAGCAACUUUUGAGACACUUGCAAUGGAUUCAGAGUUGAAAAAAGCCAUUAAGGAAGAUCUUGAUAUGUUUGUAAGGAGGAAAGAUUUUUACCGGAAAGUCGGGAAAGCCUGGAAAAGAGGCUACUUAUUGUAUGGACCUCCGGGGACAGGGAAGUCAAGUUUGGUAGCUGCCAUAGCUAAUUAUUUGAAAUUCGACAUCUACGACUUGGAGCUUACCAACAUAAGCAAGAACUCACAAUUUAGAGACGUGUUUUUGAGGACUGGAAAUCGCUCCAUCCUCGUGAUUGAGGAUAUUGAUUGCACUGUUGAAUUGCCUAAUAGAAAGAGGAAACUGGGAGGAGGAGCCAAAAAGGAGGCAGAGUUUACGCUAUCUGGACUGUUGAACUUCAUUGAUGGCCUUUGGUCAAGUUGUGGUGAUGAGCGUAUCAUCGUAUUUACUACCAACAAUAAGGACAAGUUGGAUCCGGCAUUGCUUCGCCCGGGGCGAAUGGACAUGCAUAUAUCGAUGUCCUAUAUAACUACUGAAGGAUUCAGGACUUUGGCUUCCAAUUACUUGAACAUCAACAAUACACAUUGGAGGUUUUGGGAGAUUGAACAAAUGAUUAGGAGCAUGAAUGUCACUCCUGCUGAAGUUGCUGAACAACUGAUGAGAAGCGAUGAUCCUGAUGUUAGCCUGAAAGGAUUAUCUCAAUUUCUCAACCUCAAGCGCGAGAGGAUGGAAGAAGGCGGUGAUGAAGAUGCACCCAAAGAAGCAGAGAGCAAUGGGAUGGCUGAUCAAACCCAAAAAGCCAAAGAAGGAGAGAGCAAUGGGAUGACCGAUCAUCAAACACCAAAAGCCAAAAGGAUUAAGCUUGAUGAUUGGGAAGAAGAUGAUGAUGAUGAUGAUGAAGAAUGUGAGGAUGACGAUGAAGAUGAAUAUUAUGAGGGUGGAGAUGAUUUUCUUAUCUAG